AUGGGCGUCGUCUCGGCGGUGGCGGACGCGGUGGUCGUCCUGUUCUGCCUCACCAUCGUGGUGGCGGCCCCGCUGAUCGACGGGCAGUCCCUCCUCCCGCACACCCUCUACCCGGCGCCGCUGCGGGACCUCAAGCGGUGGUACGCCGACGAGUUCGGCGACUACCUCAUGGCCCAGCCGCCGGCCUUCCUCCGCGGCCUCUUCUGGCUGGAGCUCGCCUUCCUCUGGCCACUCGCCGUCGCCACCCUCUACGGCGUCCUCGCCAGGCGCCGCUGGGCCGCCACCACCUCCCUCAUGGCCGGCGUCACCACCCUCACCUCCAUGUCCGCAAUACUUGGUGAACUGUUGGGCUCAGGAAGGGCAACACCGAAGCUGCUUCAGGUGUAUGGUCCGUACAUUGUGUUUGCAGUAAUUGCAAUUCUGCGUGGCCUCUGCUCAUGCUCGGCGCCUUCCUCGGCUGCGUCCUCUGUUCAGAAGAUGAGGAAGAAGAGGGUCUAGAUCAAACAUGCGUUUCUGAUAUUUCUGGAGCAGUGUUAUAAAAAUUCAAGUGUACCUGAUGUAAGAUGAUUUUUUAUGAGAAAUUUUGUUUUGUUAGAGGAAAAAGGCUGUUAUUCAUUCAUUCAACAUCAGCGGACAACGCCGACUUGAUACAGUCCGGCGCUUCACUGAACCAGUCCGCGAUACUUGGUGAACUGUUGGGCUCAGGAAGGGCAACACCGAAGCUGCUUCAGGUGUAUGGUCCGUACAUUGUGUUUGCAGUGAU